CAUCGGGGGAUAUUUAGGUUGAACAACGCGUGUUGUGUUAAGUUACAAUGUUAUUGACAGCUUUAAAUAUUAAAGCUAAAUUAAUAAUCAAUAAACACUUCAGUCUACAUUAAUAUUUAAAACUAAAUAUUUAGCGGAAGAAACGUGCUUAAAGGUGGAAUUCUUGAAGGACUUGACUCGGUUCUAUAUCGCUUAAAAUGACAGAGACUAAAGUAUAUAACCUGUAGGCUGCUUUCACGACUCUGUACAACAUAAAUUGAUGAUCGAAGUCUCUAGUCUUUCUCCUAGUCACCCAUGGAUUACGACGAAGUUGACAUCCAGGCGGUUCGGUUCCUCACGUCCGACGGGGGUACCAUCCUGUCCUCGCUUUUCCCGGAAAUAUCGUGCGAAAUGCCUCCCGGGACGUUCACCAGUGGCUCGAGGAGCUUCUGCAGAGUUUCCCUUCAGGUCACAAACACUGACCAGUCGAUGGUCCGCCAGUUUAUGGGUAAUGACGCCUUUGUGUCGCCUCUCAUUCUUAUGGAGCCUCUUCGCCGGAAGUUCCAUGCCGCGCCAGUGAUACGAUUGCCACUCCCUGGGUUUGGGCUACAUAAGAUCGACCCCAAGAGCGUCCGGGUGCUAAUUAGCGUGACAGGUUCAAGUGAGUGUAACGACUGGCAGGACAUCACGUCUGUUGUUGGAGAGAGUGCGGUCGCCAAGGCAGCGGAGUCCGGGGUGAUAUUGCUUUGCAACGUUAUCGUCAGCGGCAGGUUUGCCGUAGUCUGCUGCGACAACAGUAUUAUGGAUGUUGCGGAGACCAUGUCAGAGAUGAUGACGUCACGUUUAGAUAAAUCCGAUACAGCUGACCAGCCUCAUCUUGACCUACUGCAUGCCGCACAUGGCGGGGACCUGACCGCCCUCAGGGCCUGUCUGGCGUCGGAAGGCAUGGACAUCAACUUCACCAACAAAAGCGGCCAGUCGGCGCUACAUCUGGCCUGCUCCGCCGGCCAUCAGGCCAUCGUUCAGGAACUGCUCAAGGCCAAGGCUGACAUGACACUCAUCUCACAGAAAGGCAAUGCGGCAAUUCACUUGGCGUGUUUCCAUGGUUACAAAGAAAUCGUAGAACUUCUUCUUGACAACGGUUGUGACGUCAACAUACCAUCGAAGCAUUCCUGUUUCCCACCCCUGUAUGCCGCUAUUUUGGAAACGCACUGCGAGGUUGUGGAAGUCCUCCUUUCAAGAGGAGCCAGCGUCACAUGGAGCUCCCCGGAUGGCCUGUCGCUGCUCCUUGUUGCCGUCUUCACCACGUAUGACCGCGAGAAGACGAUCGCCAUUCUACAACUGCUCUUAGAGAAACUGGACAUUACCAAGCUGGAAAUAAGUCCGGAACUUAAGGACAAGGGAUUCUCUUAUCAUGGGGAGGCGCUACUGCACAGCGUGUGCACGCGUCAGGCUGCCAAAGAUCUGAUUGGUCCGGUGAGAUUGAAACUGGCUAAUCAGAGCGCUUCUUUGCUUCAAGAUGACAUGGCUACGUGCGAGAAAGAAGAUGGAGACUUUAGGAAACUGCUGACAGCUUGCAAGGAAGGAAACAUGGACGAAAUAAUAUUAUUUCUGGAAAACGGAGAGUUGAUAAAUCGAUUAACAAAGGGAUGCGUCAGCUGUCUGCAUUGCGCAUGCGCAAGUGGCCACAUGGAUAUCGUAGAAAAACUUUUGAAGGCGGGAGCUAAUGUAAACACUUUAACACAGUAUGGAUUUUCGUGCCUAUAUAUUGCCUCUUCGGCAGGGUUUACCGACGUCGUAAAGAUGCUUCUGAAGGCGGGAGCAAACACCGACACUUUGACGCAUAUGGGACUGACUUCCAGUGACAUUGCUACAGAGAUGGGAUACAUGAACAUCGUGGCCAUUAUAAAAGACUAUAUGAUAAGGAACGAAUACAUGAAAACAUCGAGAAAAUCCAUAAACACGACCGAGAAAACGGGAAAAGUGAAAGACAAAGAUGACAUGGCUGUGAAAAAGUGUUGUGCACUUAUUUGAAACGACAGAAAACGCAAACAAAAAACAACUCGUUAAAAAAAUAGUCUGAAAAGAUUCUGGCACGUUAAGCACAUAUUGUUUUCAGUGUUCUCUGAAAUGCAUAUGAGUCGCGCUUUCGGAAACGGAUCUUAAUGAAUGUGAGUAAAGUGUCGUCCCUGAUUAGCCUGUGCAGGCCGCACAUGCUGAUCACGGACGGCACUUUCCGCUUUAAUGGCUGUAUGCGUUAAAAGGAAGUGAGGCUCAUAUAGUGUAUGAUGCUUGUAUGAUAUUCUGCGAACUUGUAUCGGCCGAGCAGAUUCUGGUAAGAGACAAUAAUAAUAUGAGAGGCUCAGCAUGAUACAACCAUCGAAACUUUUGAGUAUCCACAGCAUGUUGUUAGUGUUAUCUUCAAUUUAUUAAAGGUUUCUUCAGAAUAAUAUUAAUUAAAAUAUCAAAUCAAAACGUAAACUGUGGUAUGUCUAUAUUUAUAUCGAACAUGUCUUUUAAUCACUUAGAAAGUGAUCCUAACUCCAUAAUAUAUGAUGUUCUACUGUGUUGAGUGGAUAUCAUUGUCGAUGUCAUGUGUAUUUUAUUAAAUAAAUAAAUAAUCAAAU